GGCCCGGCUUCUGAGUCGACUUCCUACCGGAUCCAGAGGCCGCCCAAGGGGUUAGCAAGCAAGAGGCACAAAAGCGAAGCGCUGGGCGGCCCGGACCCGGGAGCCCACCGCCAGCCUGCCUCCUCACAGCACAAAUCGCCCCUGCACGCUGCCUCGCCCCUUGCCUCCUUCUCACACACUCCGCAGGACCCUAAGGCCAAGGGUGUCCCGUGUCCCCUCCGCCCUGGAGCCCACGCUCUGGUGGACAUUAUGUGAAGCAGGCAGCAGACUUGUACUCAAACAGGGCCACAGACUGAGCUCACAAGCUGCCCAAAGACCCUCCUGGGGUCUGCCCGACCUCGCCCCCUCAGGAAGGGUUCCAUUCCACCUUCCCAGAAGCGCGUGGACGGAAGGGGCGGGAUUAACUCCCUAACUUGUCGGGCUUCCGUUGCCAUGGCGUCUCGCGGUGUGCUGGGCAUUUUCAUCCUCUCUGCUCUUCCCAUCUUGUGGCUGGAACUGCGGCGUGGGAUCCCCGGCCUAGGAAUUAAAGAUUUCCUUUUGUUGUGUGGCCGGAUUUUCUUUCUGCUUGCUCUUCUUACUUUAAUUAUUUCUGUGACUACCUCAUGGUUUAACUCACUUAAAUCUUCUCAAGUUUGUUUGAAAGAAGAAGAAGAGAAUGAGAAGAGGCAAAAAUUUGUUCGAAAACAGCAACAAGAGGCGCAGGGAGAAAAGGCUAGCAGAUAUGUGGAGAAUGUUUUAAAACCUCGACAAGAAAUGAAGCUGAAAAAACUACAAGAGCGUUUUUAUCAAAUGAUGGGGGAAACCUGGAAGUUGAGCAGUGGACGCAAACUUGGGGGUGAUGAAGAUUUGGUGCUCGACAAUGCAAGUCACACGUCUUCAGAAACACCAGGCAGAGAAGCAGCGAGGAGACGCAACCUGUGCGAGCCUCUGAGGACAGUUCCACCGCCUGCCGCUCCGCAGCCACAGGAGGAGGUUCCUGAUCUACCUGAAGAACCUUCUGCAACAGCUGAAGAAGUGGUAACUGUGGCGCUCCGGUGUCCGAGUGGGAGUGUCCUGCGGAGGAGGUUCCUUAAGUCCUGCAGUGCGCAGGUCUUGCUGGACUGGAUGGUGAGAGUCGGCUACCACACAUCUCUGUACGGCCUGUCCACUUCCUUUCCCAGGAAGUCCCUGGAAGUGGUGGGAGGCUGGUCCCUGGAGGACGCGGGGAUAAGUACCGACACCAUGCUCAACGUGGAAGAGAAGGAACAGAGCAACUAGGGGGAAACCCAGCCGCCCCUGCUCUCCGAGAAACCGCUGACGCUGCGCCUCCCGAAA